AUGAAAACACAGGAAAUGAAUAUAUGCAAGACAAUAAGAUGGCAAGUAAUAUGUUUUUUUUUAAUGUUCUGGCUUUUUCCUUUAGUUUCUGGGGCGCUUCAAUAUUCUGUUUUUGAAGAAAUGAGAAAAGGUUCGGUUGUAGGAAAUUUAGCUACUGAUUUAGGAUUGAAUAUUAAGGAGCUGCCUUUUAGAAAAUUUCGUAUUGCUUCUCAUGUUUCAGAGAAAUAUUUUUUUGUCAAUUUUGAAAAUGGGAAUUUGUAUAUUAAAAACAGAAUAGAUAGAGAAGCACUGUGUGGAGAAACAAAUCCUUGUUCACUUACAUUUGAUGCAGUGGUUGAAAAUCCCUUAAAUGUUUUCCAUGUUCAGAUAACAGUUAAAGAUAUAAAUGACAAUGCUCCUUAUUUUUUUCAUGAAAUAAUAAAAUUAGAAAUUCCUGAACUAACUUCGCCAGGAGCACGGUUUGUUUUACAAAAUGCAAGAGAUCCAGAUUUAGGUAUCAAUUCUCUUCAAUCCUAUAAGCUAAGUGCAAAUAAGCAUUUUGUAUUAACAGAAAAGAUGAAUGCUGAUGGUAUUAAAUUUCCAGAAAUUGUCUUAGACAAAUCUUUAGAUCGUGAAACACAAAGCUCUUUUGAAUUAGUAUUAACUGCUUCUGAUGGAGGAAAUCCUAUAAAAACUGGAACUGCGUUGAUUAAUGUUUAUGUUGUUGACAGCAAUGAUAACUUUCCUAUUUUUACACAAGAAGUAUACAAAGUUACUUUAAAUGAAAAUAUACCACUCAAUUCUUCAGUUCUUUUCUUAAAGGCAAGCGAUAAAGAUGAAGGUACAAAUGCACAAAUCACAUAUUCUUUCAGUAGUAUUCCAGAAGAGGCUUUGCAGAUCUUCAGCAUUGAUGCUAGCACAGGAGAAAUUAAAACUAAAGGAAAUAUAGAUUUUGAAGUUACCAAGAAAUAUGAAAUGACUGUGCAGGCACAGGAUGGAGGAGGCCUUGCUUCUCAUGCCAAUGUAAUGAUACAAAUAAUAGAUGUUAAUGACAAUGCUCCAGAGAUAACCAUUACCUCCAUUUCUUCUCCAUUCUCUGAGGACUCUUUACCAGGAACAGUAGUAGCAUUAAUCAACAUCCAUGAUAAAGAUUCUGGAGAAAAUGGAGAAGUAACCUGUCUAAUCAAAGACGCAUUAACAUUCAAAUUGUUAUCAUCAUCUGGUAACUAUUAUAAAAUUGUUACUGUAAACCCCAUGGACAGAGAAGAAAUAUCACAUUAUAAUAUAAUUGUGGUAGCUACUGAUCAGGGAUCUCCAACAUUAUCAACAGUAAAAAAUAUUCAGUUAGAAAUAUCUGAUGUAAAUGAUAAUCCACCUGUCUUUGAGAAAAGCAUAUAUUUUGUUUAUGUUCCUGAAAAUAAUUCACCUGGAGCAUCGAUCUACAACAUAUAUGCAUCAGAUAUUGAUGCUGGAGAAAAUGCAAAACUUACCUAUUCUAUUAUCAAUAAAGAUGAAGAUGAAAUUCCUGUUAUCUCAUAUUUAUCCAUUAACCCAGUGACUGGAGCAGUUUAUGCACAGCGGUCAUUUGACUAUGAGAAGAAGAAGGAAUUUUACAUUCAUGUAUUGGCUAAAGACAAUGGGUUUCCACCUCUAAAAAACAAUGCCACCCUAAAGAUUUGUGUGGUGGAUCAAAAUGACAAUUCACCAAGAAUUCUGUACCCUUCACCAGAAAGUGAGAGUGCUAAUUUAUUUGAGAUGGUUCCUCCUUCUUCAGAACCUGGUUAUCUAAUAACUAAAGUGGUAGCAGUGGAUGAUGACUCUGGACAUAAUGGCUGGCUUUCUUAUCACUUUCUACACACCACAGAGUCUCUGUAUUUUAACAUAGGUCUCCACACAGGGGAGAUUAGGACAGCCCGCAUUUUCCAAGAAAAAGAUUCCAUAAAACAACGAGUAGUCAUUAUGGUCAAGGACAAUGGAUAUCCUUCUCUCUCAGCCACGGUAACAUUAAAUUUGGUUAUAGCAGAUCAUUUUCAAGAAAUUCUACCAGAUCCUAGCAAUCAAUCCACUGAUUUCAGUUCUCAAUCUAACUUACAGUUUUAUUUAGUAAUAGCUGUAGCUGUGAUUUCAUUUUUAUUCAUGUUGACUGUGGUAUUGGUAUUAAUUUCAAAGUAUAAGAAUCCUAAACCUUCCACAGCAUUCAACUCUCUAAGUACAAAUUUAUAUUCCCAUAUCGACCCAAGGUUUAUGUCACAGUUGAAUAAUGGGACUCUGCCAAUACCAUAUUCAUAUGAUGUUUGUGUAGCCUUGGAUUCCAGUGAAAAUAAUUUUGCUGUAAAACCAACUCAAAGUGUUCCUGUAGCAAGUCUGAUUGAUGCUGAUGAUGCUGAAAUUACUACUGACAAAGCCAAAGAUACAACUAAUAACAUCGUAACAGAGGUGAGAUUCAGGAUGUAUUAUCUUAUAAAAUUGCAAUUUUCAAAAUGUUUUGUGUUAUAA